CUCCCAUCCAAAUUUCGCUACUGCCACGCCAGUCGAAUAACGAGCCAACUAAACUUGAAGAGGCUCGGAUAACGAGAGAGACGACUGGCUGCCAAUCUUUGCACGGCUCGACCUAACCUCACGGCUCCUCAUCACAAACGGAAUGACGUACAUUCCAACCGAUUUAUUAUUUUUCGCUGUCACGUUAAGACUUGAGGAAUCGAAUACAAACGCACCGAAUAGAAAUGACGUGGAAUCCACGGAAGAAAAAUUAUCUAACACUAAGACCAACUCCAGCACCUCCACUGAUAACACCCAAUGAAGAUCGGGAUCUCGAUAUUGCUGUGCAGAGAUUAAUCAAUGUUGAAGGAACAAUUCGAAAACUGACAAAAGAAGCAAAGCGAUACCUCGAAGCCAUAAUAAACUUGGAUCGUGCGGACCAAAGAUUAUCAUCAAAUUUGAGUACAAGUGGUCUAGCUCACCUCUCCGACGAUUUUCGAAGAAUAGUAGAGAAUUAUCACUCGGUGACAACCCAAGCAGGCAAAACAGUCCAUGAGUUCUCGUUACUUACUGGGAAAACCUUCGUGGAGCCCCUAAAAAAACUAAGGGAUGAAUUCGCUCUGGUGGAAGAUGCCCUUGCGAAACGAGAGGAACUAGUUGGCACAUGGAAGUGCUCCUAUAACAGAAUAAAAAAGCUUCAGGAGAAGAAGGAUAGAACUGCGAGCCAUAUCGCCAAGGUGGAGCGUGAGAGGAGGAGCGAGGAAGUUGCUGCCAAAGAACUGAAGCUCAUUCACUCUCGAUUGCUCAUUGAACUCCCUUGGUUCCUCGAAAAACGUCUGGAGUAUAUAAAGCCCAGUGUACAUGCACUUAUUUUAAAUCAACUGGAUUAUUAUGGAAACACUACGAAAUUGUUCACUCAGUUGAUGCCGCCGGUUUAUAAUCCGUCCCAUUCGCCGUCAUCUCCAGUCAUGUCCGAUGAGGAGUAUCAUGGCAAGAUUAAUGAGGAAAUGACUAGGAUCAGAGGUUUAACUAUUGUGAAACCAUAGGAAAAUUGCAUAUACUUCGUGAUAAUGUGGUUGUAUCUGUUAAAUCGUUUAUUGAAUCCUUUGUUGGCUUCUGAAUUAAUUUUUUUUUAAUCUAUUUUUUAAGUGAGCCAGUGUUUCAAGGUCCGCGUCUAUAUUCGAACGUGAUCUUGAUUGUUUUCUUUUAUUUUGAUAAUGUAAAAUGUUCUUCAAUCGCCGUUCAGUUUUACUCUGAAGUCUCCAAAAAUGAUCAUUUUCAAAAAACCUUUUUUAAAAUAAUAGUGGAAAAUAAACCCAAUAGUGAGGAAAUUUCAAAUUAAUAAUGUACUGUAUCCAUUCAGCUUUUAAAUGUAAAUAUUUAAUCAUGGUAUAUUAAUAAUGAAAAAUGCUCUGGUCCCAGUACAAAUUGAAGAAUGUAUCAUUUUCAUAUAAACAUUUUAAUCUUUAAUAAAGAUAAUUUUUACAUUGAA